CCGCCCAGCCGAACCGUAUCGUCCAGCCCGUGAACGACAAAGGAAGACUCAUCCCCCUCACAACUAAUCCUCCAGCAGCAAUCAUGUCUUCGUCACAGAUGGUGCAGUGCUUCGGCAAGAAGAAGACGGCCACCGCCGUCGCCCAGUGCAAGGCUGGCCAGGGCCUCAUCAAGGUCAACGGUCGCCCUCUCUCUCUCGUCCAGCCUGAGGUCCUCCGCUUCAAGGUCUACGAGCCCAUCCUCGUUGUCGGUCUCGACAAGUUCGCCAACGUCGACAUCCGCGUCCGCGUCACCGGUGGUGGUCACACCUCCCAGGUCUACGCCAUCCGCCAAGCCAUCGCCAAGUCCCUCAUUGCCUACUACCAGAAGUUCGUCGACGAGCACUCCAAGAACCUCCUCAAGCAGGCUCUCGUCCAGUUCGACCGUACCCUCCUCGUUGCCGACAACCGCCGCUGCGAGCCCAAGAAGUUCGGUGGUCCCGGUGCCCGUGCCCGCUACCAGAAGUCUUACCGUUAAAUGCGAAACCGUUCCGUCACUGGAUUCUGUUUUGCGUGCGGUUUUUCAGACGUGCUGUAUGUGGCUUUGGUCUGCCAACCUAGCUUCAUACCACACUAUAUCUGAGGACGGCGUUGAAAGGGAUAGGAUUUUCAUUGCAUAGGGAAGAGAUAUAUGGGAUAUGUUUUUGUUGGCGGCACGAGCCACAAGAGGACGAAAAGAAAAGUCUCUUUGGUCGUGGCCGUCUGUAUGAACGGAAAAAGGGUAGAGCAGCGGAUGAAUCUUUUUUUUGUCAUGCAAUCCAAAAGGAGGGGCUUUCUUGGUCCAGCCAGGAUGUCCCCUUGGGCUCUAGGAGGGCAGAGAAGAAUAAUGUUCUCUUAGAGGGCGUUUUUAUUUGCGCUGCGUUGCCUACGUGCAAAUGAAUAUUAAAAAAGAAAUUUCAU